AUGGAUUACAGCACGGCAGCGACGCCCCCAAGGCCGGCCAUGGAGAACAGCCGCUCCUCAGUACCGCGAAGACGAAGGAUUUCAAACAAUGAACUCCCUCUUGUUCAUUUUGAUUCCUAUGCUGACUUACUGGAGACUCAUGGGAUGACCUCUCUCCUGUUUGAGACUCCUACUGGCUUCGCAGUCUUCAAUUUUUAUGCAAUCGGCCUCUACGUACCAAAUGCCAUAGAGGGAAUAAACUGCCUGCAUAAUGAACUUGUAAUGGAGGUAAUGUGGGGCAUGAAGCAUCUCCUGCACAAACUGGUGCCUGGAGAAAAAUCACAGCUGUCUAUGGAGGACCGCCUCCCUAUGAGUCAAGGACUACAAAUAUUACUGCGUCGUUAUGGCUUUGAUGUCGAACCAGAGAUGGUCAAUGAGCAGAUUGUUGCGACAGCGCGCGUCUUGUUUAAAUGUGAUGAUGUUGAGAAGAAAGAGUAUCAAAACUUGUGCCUCAUUCGUCACUACCUUAAGAAGUGCAUUUCAUGUAUCACUCGCACCCGUGUGAUGGGCUAUAUUGUUGGAAUGAUUAGAAUGUUUCCAGAAGACGUGAUAUCAAAGUUGCUGAGUGAUGCAAAUAAAUAUGAUGCCAAGAUAAAUAAGGUAGCUUGCUUGAGAACCUACAGUCAAGUGGCGUCUGCCCAUAGAGUUAGGGCCUUUAAAAGAAAUGAAUUGGAUCGCUUGGUGAAGAAAGCUAAGAAAGUGUAUCAAGCUGAACUAGUGGAAGAUAUAUGUUUAUAG